CGUCUCUCCAGGCAGCGGUGCUGCCGGGCGCGCGCCGCUCCCACGAGGCUCUGGUUGCUAUGGUGAUCGUUCGUGCAGGCGGUGUCUGCUACAGCUUCCGCUGCGAAGCCCGCCCAGACCUCUCCCCGGACGUCCAGGAAUCGUCAGAGCCCGCGGAGCCCGCGCGCCGCGCGUUGCCUAGGUGAUCGCCGCGGCCAGCGCCGCCAGAGCCGGCAGUGCCGCGCGGGAAGCCUCCGCAGCCGCCGCGGAUUGAAAGACGUGACCUCUGGCCCAUGUUCCUGACAGAGAAGGAGGCUUGGAUAUGGUUUUUAAAAUGCUGCAAAGUUAGGCCGACACUUGCGGUGGUACACGCCCAAUGCCUGCCUGCAGCUCAGAGAGCAUUUUCACGGUCAGGUCAGCACCGUCUGCCAGAGCAGGAACACAGGGACUGCCGGGUCCAAGGGCAGCUUUCGCCCCUCAUCCUGAGUUGCCCACAGUCUGCUCAGGGAGCCAACAGGGCUCACAGUCAUCACACAGGCUCAAACUCUCCAAGGUGGUGGUCGUCGGCGAUCUCUACGUGGGCAAGACCAGCCUCAUCCACAGGUUUUGCAAGAAUGUUUUUGACCGUGACUACAAGGCUACCAUUGGCGUAGACUUUGAAAUCGAGCGCUUUGAGAUUGCCGGGAUUCCCUACAGCCUCCAGAUCUGGGACACAGCAGGGCAGGAGAAGUUCAAAUGCAUCGCCUCCGCCUACUACCGGGGUGCCCAGGUGAUCGUCACAGCCUUUGACCUCACUGACGUGCAGACUCUGGAACACACCAGGCAGUGGCUGGAGGACGCACUGCGGGAGAACGAGCCGGGCUCCUGCUUUGUGUUCCUCGUGGGGACCAAGAAGGACCUUCUGGGGCUGCAUGCGAGCAGGUGGAAGUGGAGGCCGUGCACCUGGCCAAUGAGAUGCAGGCUGAGUACUGGUCGGUGUCCGCCAAGACAGCGACCAGCCCACAAGAGGUGCUCAGAAGCAGUUGAUUGGAAGAGUAGUAGAUACUGGGAAACCAGGCCCAAAGAUACGAAGGAGCUGCUGAGCAGGUGGCUGAGGCCUGCACUGCCCCUGCCCUGGCCCCACAUCUGCUGGGUCCCACCCACGUGCAGCUGCGGAUGUGGGCAGAGGCAGACAGGGUCACGGCUGUCUCGUGGGCCCACAGGGGAGAACGUGAAGGCAUUCUUCAGCCGCGUAGCCGCCCUCGCGUUCGAGCAGUCGGUGCUGCAGGACCUGGCGAGGAGGAGCAGCACCUGGCUCCAGGUCGGCGACGGAGACCUCAUCCAAAUAGACGGAAGUCCACCUGAGACCCAGAAGAGCAGGCGGUCCUCCGGCCUGGGUUGCUGUUAGCUGGGGCCUCAGAGCUCCCACUCCCAACACACACAUGGACGGUGCUGUCCAAGGCUGUGCUGUCCAAGGCUGUGGAGCAGCGCCAUGGAGCCCGAGCUCUGCCAUGUGCUGCUCACCCGCCGUGCUGACCCCAGCUCUCAGCCACUUCUCUUUAGCCAGAGGAGCCAGGAAAGGCCUCCACUACCUGCCUGGGGGCCCCACACUGCCCGGCUGCUGCGCGCACUGUGGUGAUCAUUCAGAAGGCCAACGCAUCUACAGAGUCACUAGGCAGUCCCCCCUGGUCAUAAGGGGCCUCGGGAUUGCAGACAGGGGACCUCUGGGCCCCCACGGCCCAUAUCCUUGCCCUCGGUACACAUCCGCAGCCCACUCAGGUGCUCUCCCAGCUCGCCUGCGCAGGCCUUACCAAAGCCAGCUGGAGGGAAAACCCACCUGCCAUCCCCACUCAGGACUUCUCGGUUAUUAAUACAACUUGCAGUUCUGGGCCUCAGGGCCCCAGGCUUCGCCAUUCCCUGCUCUGCCCCAGACUUGUGGGAUCUAUGGGCCGCCUGCCUCCCUGGAGGAGGAUAGAUGAGCAGGUCUCUGGGGCCCUUUCUGGCUGAGGGGCUGUCUCUGGCUCUUCUGAGACCCCUGGAGUCCUGCCCUCCUGGUCAGUGGAUGAGAGGAUGGGCAGAACAGGCCUCUUGCCCCACUCUGGCCCACUGUGGACGAUGAAUUUCCCCAGCCGUGCCACAAAAAGACGGCUACCCAGCUAGCCCUGGGGUAACUCACUGCUACAACCCUCGUGCAUGGCACUGCCCUCCUUCGCCCCCGGUAGCAGUCACCCAGACUGCUGGGCUGGUGCCUGCCAUUGCCCUCGCCACCCCUCACCCACCAAGAAAGCCUGUACAAGAAGGUAUGGGGAACAGCAAAUGCCAGGUAUGUGCCUCCCAGGGCCUUUGUGAUGGCGUCUACCUGUUUUGGGAGGACAUCAGAGACCCACUAGAGUCUGGUGAGCUCCCCUUCUGCACACCCAGAGCAGGCAGGAGCAGUCCAGGCCUCCCUCCCCCGCUCCUGCCCCAAGUGCCCCUCUCUGUGCCCUCUUAUUGCUUCUCCAUGGAGGGCUGUUAACUACCCCCUCCCACCCCAUACUCCACAGCCCUGGGCAUGCGCCCUCUCAUCCCUGCCACCUCAUGCCACAGGCAUGUGGGCAUACCCUACCUGCUUCUCCUGGAUGGUGAGCGUUUUGUGGGCAGCAGUUCUGACUAAUGCCUUCUCCCAGCACCCUGAACAGUGCCUGGCACACUGCAGGCGCCCAGUGAGUUCUCAUGGGCUGGCAGCUGUCACCAAAUAUCAGCUGGGGAAGAACACUGGCAUCUUUUUUGCUCAUCCCCCUUCACCAUGUUGUAGCACCCUUACAGACAUAAAAUACUUCUAUGUAAAUCACUCUUAAAGGAAUUACAUACAUGCUCAUUGUAAAACAAAGGAAGACAGUACACAGCUCUGUAUACGCAGUCAAAGUCCCGCUCCAGUCUCUGGAAGUAAGUGUUGUUGGGGGCUGGGAGGAAUCCUUCCAGACUGUUCCCGGGCAGCACCACCAUGUUUGUUGGCUUGCUUGUUGUUUAACCAGAAUGACCUCUCGCCCCACAGGCUGCCUGGCAGCCUGCAUUCUUGAUGACCUGCUGGGCCCUCUCUGCACAUAAAGCCUGCUUGUUCCUUUAGCACCUGCCACUUUCCCUUUGUGGAUGGACGGGGGUCCACUUACCUUGCCCCGCAUAUGGGACAUCUGGUUUGUGUCCCACUUUGAGCUUGUACAGAAGGUGCCGUGGCCAUCCUUGCAGUCAGAGCGUUGCGUACUCCAGAUCCCCAGAGACCUUGCAGGCCUUCCUGUGGACUGCAGCCCCGGCUUGGUCGACUAGACACAGUCUCAGGAGUCGGGCUGUGCUGAGGGUGCCUUAGGACCGGGUUUGCGGCACACAGCAGAGAGUGGCCCAGGGUGAGCGAGGCCGGCUCUCCACAGCUCCCUGCCCUCGCCCCUUCAGGCCCCAGAACUGGGGGCAGUAAUGGUGCCCAGCGGUUACUAGCUCCUAAGCUACAACCACACGGGCUCCUACAUGCAUCCUGAGUCGAUGGCCCUUCAUUAAACUACUUGUGUUGUC